GGUCAAGAACAGAACAGAGGAGGUGGUAUAGCCUGUUUGAUGUGUUGGUGCAUAGCAGAGUACGUGGAAUUGCUUUCAUUUCCUAGUGAAGUUAUCUCGCAUUGAGUUAUCCUGCACUGAAUGGUCCCACAGUGAAUUGUCCCACAGUGAGUUGUUCCAUGGUGAGUUGGCCAGGGCAAAUUGGCCAGAGUGAGUCAGUUGUGAUGAGUCAUCCGCAGCGAAUCGUCUGCAGCGGAUCAGCCGUGAUGAGUUGGCCAGGAGCUCUUGAAUCAUACAGAUUGCUUUCUUAUUUAACUUGAUAUGCCUAAAAAAGAUUUAUGGGUAGGAAUUGUUGAACCAGAUCCCACACCAACUGUUGACAGUGCAGGCAGCUGUGACAGUGUGAUCAGCAACAACUCCAGUUCCUUUGAAAUGAAUGACGGUGGCUUUGAUUAUCUAACAGUUGAAGAAAAAGAAUGCCUUAUGUUUCUUGAAGAAACUUUGCAUUCUUUAGAUGCUGAAGCAGACAGUGGAGUUUCUGCUGAUGAGGCAGAAGCUGUUGAACUUUCCAAACUUACAAGGACAUGGCCUACAAGAGAUGUCCCCAAAGAACUGGAUCCUGAUUAUCAUGGAAAGCAUAAACAAAUUGAUCCAAAAGGCAACACCUCUCUUUCUGGUUCAAUACCUGCUGCCAUCUUAAGUCCAGGCCACCACAGCCUUCCAAAAAAUAUCAUGGCAAAAAAUACUGUUCAUACUUCCAAGAUUUUUGUUGCCGAAGCACCAGAAACCAAUGCUGAUGAUCUGAAAACUCUCCCUCCAUUACAUCCAACUUUAUGGGACUCUUCUAAGCAUGGAACAUUGGACAUAUUGAAAGAAGUCCCUGAGAUAGGUACUCGGGGAAGAAUCUCUGAGCUGGAAUCAGUAGUAAUUCCACCUCCUGAACCAUUCCAAGACCAGAGGAAGAGCCAUCUUUUAAUAGAGCAUGAAUCAAUCCUUACUGAUUCUUGGAAACAUGCCGAAAAUGGGGCAACAUCUCAUUAUGAAAGUAAGGGGAACCAAGGUGUAAUGGAAGAAUAUGAGGCAAGAGCUGUUAAACAAGAAUUCCCACCAGAGAUGAUGGAGACAGCAGCUGGAAAUGAAUCCUUUCUGAAAUCUGUCUCUCCUAAAUGUAACAAGAAAAGUUCUGAGCAAAUUGUUAAUCAUCAAGAAAUUGAUCACAAACAUAUAUUGGAAGAAUCUCAGUUGGAUUCUAGUUUCAAGCAAGGCCCUCCUAUUGCCCCCAAACCCAGAAAAUUGCCCCCAAAUAUUAUUCUCAAAACCAGCAAAAAUAAUGUUGCGCCACUUAAUAUAGAUCCAACACAUAAGAUAAAAGCAUCAUUGCCAUUCAGCGGGAGGCCUAGAGCUGCAACUGGUGACUUUUCCAUGGAUAAAACCUAUGCUCUCCAAAAAGAACAAGGGAGGGCAAGGAGGGAGGCUCUUGAGAAACUGGGACUCCCUUUGGAUAAUGAAAAGAAUCCAGAUGAUCAAGUGAUCAAAACUUCUAUUUACUCAAAAACAAAAGAAACGUCCUACACUGGCAGUAGGGAGAAUGUAAACAUAGAUGACAUUACUCUUAGUAAGAAAUCUGUCCAGCAGUCUGACCAAACUGAUGUCAAAGAAGUCCAACCAACAGAGAUUAGCAUUCAAAGGAUCAAACAGGCAAAUUUCAAAUCUAACACACUGGAACGAUCUGGUGUAGGACUGAGCAGCUUGGGCACUUCUGGAAGUGAGGGUGAGAACUUAAAGAACAAUAAAAGAUCUUUUCUCAGCAAGAUUACUCCAAAUUUUCUCAGGAAUAACCGGAUGCGCCCAGCAUCUCUUGGCACAGGAAAAGAUUUUGUUGAUCUGAAGGAAAACAAACAACAUCAUGUUGAGUGGGACAAAGGUCAUGAGCGAAGAUCUUACCCACUUCAGCACCCUUCCAAACUUCCUAGGCCAGCAUGUGUUAGUGUAAAAAUCACCCCUAAAGGGGACACAGAAGAACACAGAAAGGAAGCUUUAAAAAAGCUUGGCCUAUUGAAGGAACAAACUUAAUAGCUGACUUAAUGCAAAGACUGUAUGUUCAGCUUUGGUUAACAUACCGUAUUUUCACGACCAAAAGCC